CGACAAUCAUUUCUCGUAAUAAUUUCAGUUCCACUUUGCUUGCUCUGUAAAGUAGUCAAAUUUUCGAGCAGUGGAGAAAAACAAAAUGGUGUUUCAGACAAUUGAUAUUCUAAGAAAUGAGAUUCCACUUGAGCAGGAAUCCGUAAAUUUGCCCGAAGAUGCUGUGACUGGCCUUGUUCUUGUGGAUAUAAUCAAUGGCUUCUGUACUGUCGGUGCUGGAAAUCUGGCUCCAAGAGAACCCAAUAGGCAGAUAUCAGGAAUGAUCAGUGAGUCAGAAGGAAUAGCCAGACUCUUCUGCAAUAAAAAAUGGCCAGUUAUGGCAUUCCUAGAUUCUCACCAUCCAAACAAACCAGAGGACCCUUAUCCUCCUCACUGUAUUGCUGGAACUGACGAAUCCAAUUUGGUCCCUGCUCUAAGAUGGUUGGAGAAUGAAUCAAAUGUCACCAUCAGACGCAAAGAUUGCUUUGAUGGAUUUCUGGGUUCGAUUGAGGCAGAUGGUUCAAACGUUUUUGUUGAUUGGGUGACCAAAAAUCAGAUCAAAACUUUACUGGUUGUAGGGAUAUGCACAGACAUAUGUGUGCUGGACUUCGUAUGCUCAACAUUAUCAGCAAGAAACCUUGGUUUGCUUAAGCCUCUAAAGGAUGUAGUGGUCUAUUCACGAGCCUGUGCUACCUUUGAUGUUUCGCUUCAAGUUGCGAGAAAUACUAAAGGAGCUUUAGCUCAUCCCCAGGAGUUCAUGCACCAUGUAGGCUUGUACAUGGCCAAAGAAAGAGGUGCCAAAAUAGCAAACAGUGUGUCCUUCAUCACAGCUGAAAAACCAUGAAACCCAUCAUCUACCUUUUAAAGGAUAGCUCUAUAAAUUUAAAUAAACGGUGGGCAUAGCUUGAGUCCAAUUCUGGGUGAUCCAAUAUAUAUGGAAAAAGCUAUGUAAGAGAUAUAUAGAUAGAAUUUGCUGAUGGAAACAUAUAUAAAAUUGUGCACUUUGCUUGUAACCUUGCGUAUGAUGAAUGAACCAUGCAGAAUAAACAAGUAUUCACCACUA